UUCUUCACAAAAUUGGUUAAAUUUGGAUUUAACUCUUGGCACUAAUCAGUCUUUAUACCCAACUCAACGUCAACAUAUGAAUGCAGAAUACCCUCUUGGAACGAAUCCUUCUGGUCAAGAAUCUUCUCAAAAUUGGUUAAAUUUGGGUUUAAAUCCUGAAAUGAAUACUUAUAAUCAAACAGGUAAUUAUCACACUAUGUCAGACUAUCUUUUAGACAACUUUUCAAUUAUCUACCUAAUUAUUUUUAUCAACUAUCUAAUUAUUAUUCUCAACUUAUCAACCUUUUAA